UUGUGUUUACUCAGUUGCUGACGCAAAUUAAUUGAAAGUAAUAACAGAUUCUAAUAAAUUAUUUGGAAUUUUUUGCUAUAGUAAAGGUGUGAAAAUUUAGUAUAAAUAUAAAGCCGACCCAUUGGAAAUUCAGUUCAAUUUGAGAACCUAUUAUUCUUGAAACAAGCAAAAUGUCUCUUUCUGGUAAAUUUGUCGUGCUCGCUUUUAUCGUUUUGGUCUCAGUGACCCUAUCCAUUCAAGCCAGUAGUGGAAAUAGAGGAGGAGGUGCUGGUUCAAGUGGAUCACAUUUCGAAGGCGUGGAAAAAAUUAAUCAACGGAGAUUGGAAACAUGCAGAAAAGAUAUACAAAGAAAGAGUAUGGUCAAAACUAUUAAUUAUCUGAAAGAGCUCAAAACGAAGGAGGCUAAGUUGACAGUUCUUGAUGAGGUGUAUAAAAUCUGGGGUGAUGAGAUGCCACCAACCGUUGGACCAGUGUACACUCAAUUGAAAGCCAUGUACGAUGCAAUGGAAUAGACAAUUUAGUUGGAAGAUGACCAAAUCAUCACAGAAGUCAACAAUGAAUUAUGUUGUGUUUUUUUUUUCAUUUUAAUUGUAUUCAAAAUAUUAAUUUGAAUCUUAAUUUGCAAUAAAAUGUUUUAAUUUCUUACCUAAA